AUGCCUAGUCAUAAGGCCAAAAGAGAACAGGCCGAAGAUAUUGUAAUUAGUGGUAAUAAUGCCUUUCCAAUUAUUGCAAUUAAUGAUCAAGAUGAGUUGGUUGUGGAAAAUGAGACAAGUGAAAUAGAUGAAUUUUCUUUAAGAAGGUUACGUAACUACAAAAGAAGAUUUAUUGUAAAAUCUGUGGGAUAUGCAUUUCAAUAG